AUGCUGGGGCUCCAGUCAUGGCCUUGCUCGUUUUUCCUCAUCUUGGUUCUGCUCUCUGCCAGCGUUCAGACUGUGUCCUUACCAGGACAAAGGCUACAGAUGCUCCUUUCACGGUUGCUGCCCCUGGAGCCCGACUCCACGCUGGCCGAAGAGGACACAAAGGAGGGGUCCAGCUUUGGUCCUCAGCUACUCUCCUCCACCCUCCCCUUCCUCCCAUCUAGGGCUAGAGCUGCCCGUCCUUCCCUCUGGCGCAAGACCCUCGCCAGUCGAAAGUGGGCAUUGCCUGGAGAUUGGGCCUGGAAGGCCAUGCCCAGGGGCUGCUUUGGGCUGAAACUGGACCGCAUCGGGACCUUCAGUGGUUUGGGGUGUUAG